UGUAAUUUUUUUUUUUUUUUUUUCGUCGCAAAGCACGAAUUUCUAACUAGUUGUAUAUAAAGUAUAGUAUAUAAAAUAUCUAGACCCUCCAACUAUAGGCCAUUUUGAAAUAGACUUUUCAAUAUUAUUUUAUUUUAUUUAGUUUUGUUGAUUUUUUUUUCCUUCCCCCCCCCUAAAACUAGCAAUCUAAACUAAAUAAAAUUUAAGAAAUUUUUUUAAAAAAAGAAAAAAAAACUAAUGCAGUCUAAAGUCAAUUUUAGACUCGGCUAUAGUUGAGAGCUCUCUGUAUAAUUGACGGUAACUUUAAUGUCGUAACUUUAUAGUUGAGAGGUCUCUGUAUAAUUGACCCUAAAUUUGUAGUUGAGAGCUCUCUGUAUAAUUUUAGACUCGGGUAUAGAUGGGCUGGGCCCACCCGCACCGGGCUCACCCAACCCGCCCAAGCCCGCACGAGUGCCUGCGCCGGCUCACGUCCGUGCCGGCUCACGUCCGUGCCGGCCCCUCGUCCGCCCGCUUGCCGGCCCGCGCCAGCUCGCGCCCCGUGCCUGCGCCCGCGUCCGCGCCUCCGCCCUUUACUGCCACCUGGAUCAGAACUGGUAUUAAUAUAUUUUUUACCGACCGUUCCUAGCGUAAGUGACAAAAGAGCUUGUUGGUUGGUGCUCGAGACCCAAAUUCGAAUCCUAGUUAAUUCAUAUUUAUAGCUAAGUUUAUUUCCUAAAUAAAAUAAAUAAAAAGAAUAGCAUGCCAUCUUUCUCUCAAAAAAAAUUUUUUUUUUUCUCAAACCGGCUUAUUAGUUAUUUGAAUAGAAGUAUUUUAUUUACUUUUUUAUUUUUACCGGGAGAAUGUAGAUCUAUUGGAUCAUAAUAGAUUAGCCAGUAAAAGCUUUGCUUUAUAUAUAUAUUAAGUUGAAACAUCAUCCCUACGCACACGGCCAUAGUGAUCUUCGAAUUUUCCUCUUCAUCUCAAAACGUCAUCAUAAAUUACCCUACGCAACCUCUCCGAAACCUCUUGUGAAUUCCACUCCCCCCUUUCCUACUCACAGCACAACACCACAAGGAACAACAACAACAACAACAACAACACACAAAUCUUUUUGCUCCCAGAAAUGGCCGCACAAAACACUCUCCCUCUCCUGCUCCUCGCCCUCCUCCCUCUCGCCGCCGCCUCCACCUUCGACGUCGCCAACAAUUGCUCCUACACCGUCUGGGCCGCCGCCUCCCCCGGCGGCGGCAUCCAGCUCAACCCGGGCCAGUCCUGGUCCUACAACGUGCCUGACGGCACCACCGGCGGCCGCGUCUGGCCUCGCACCGGAUGCACCUUCAACUCCACCGGCAAUGGCCACUGCCAGACCGGCGACUGCGGCGGCGUCCUCGCCUGCACCGGCUCCGGACAGAGCCCCAAUACUCUCACCGAGUAUUCUCUCAACAACCCUGGGGGCCUCGACUACUUUGACAUCUCCCUGGUGGAUGGGUUCAACGUGCCGCUGAGCUUCAAGCCGACGUCGAACGGCUGCACGUCGGGGCCGAGCUGCGCUGCCGACGUAAAUGCGCAGUGCCCGGCAGAGCUGCAGGUGCCCGGCGGGUGCGGCGACCCGUGCACGAUCUUCGGGACGCCGGAGUACUGCUGCCCGUCCCCGAGCAGCUGCAACCCGACGAAGUACUCCAAGUACUUCAAGAGCCAGUGCCCUCAGUCAUUCAGCUAUCCUUACGAUGAUAACAGCGCCACUUUCGCUUGCCCUGGAAACACCAAUUACCAGAUUGUGUUUUGCCCUUAGAUCAGAGAUACUACUAUACGUAUAUUGUACGUAUAUUAUCCGGACCAAGUGAGGCCUCAAAUUUUGUCUAUUGUUUUCGCAGAGCUAUUUUGAGUUGGAUGCAUGGUUAUACUUUUCCCCUUUUGGUUUUUGUGCCUUUUAAUUAGAUGUGUGUUUUUUCUCCACUUUAGCAAAUUGAAGUAUGAAAUGAUCGAUCAUUAGUGUUACAUGACAUGGACGAUAUAUAGCCGGGGAUCAGUUUGCUGUUCUACGAAAUUAUGCCAAUCCAAAAA